AUGGAGUCUACCGCCCCGUAUGCGAUCUCUGCGACGGAUCGAAGCGGUCUAAUCGUGAUCGUCGAGAUGCUUUUUAUGUCUUGGAUGAUUAUGGUAAGUUUGAUUCGACUGUACAUGCGCCUCGCGAUCAAUGGGCCGGUGCAAAUCGACGACUGGAUGGUGUUUGUCGCAAGUGUAUUUGCCGUCGCCCACGUUGGAACAGUUAUGAAUGCAAUUUCCCAUGGCCUCGGUCGAUCGCAGGACGAGAGCUCGGUAUGGGAUUUGAAACGUGCUGGAGAGGGUGUCUACGCAGCAAAUCUGCUGUUUCUGGCUGGCCACGGUGCCGCCAAGAUCUCAAUUUGCUUGCUGCUUAAGCGGCUGGGUCGCCAAAGAAACUACUUACUGUUUACCAAAAUUCUUCUGGGUAUGGUAACUGCGUGGAGCAUUGCAUCUAUUCUCGCGGUAGCCCUCAGUUGCUUCCCACAAUAUCAAUUGAGCAUGGCGCAGAACUGUACCAAUCUCGGUAUUGCGUGGAAAUCGAUCACUGCAUUUGAUGUCAUUACGGAUAUUGUCACAUUUGGACUAAGUAUCUUUCUCGUCUGGGGUAUCCAGAUGCGGUGGAAAGAAAAAGCGACGGUAAUAUUUGCAUUUGGGACUAGAACUCCAGUGAUUGUUCUGAUUAUACUUCGGCAAACCUAUCUCGAUCGUUCGCUGUUUCAUUCUGAUCCAUCUCUGCAUCUAUCGGAUGCACUUAUCGCCACCGCUGUCAUCCUCCACUACAGUAUCAUGGUAUCGACCGUGCCAUGUCUGAAGCCUUUCGUUAUUGCCUUCAAUACAGGUUGGGGGCAGGGUAUCACAAACAGUAACGGCGAACAUCCGUACUUCACGCCAACUGGCAAGAGCGCAUCAACUACGCAAUCCCGAGCCUAUACAAUGAACCAAAGAGAGGAGGAUGAGACUGAUUUGGAUGCGGCCCGGCUAUCACAAGAUAGCCAGAAUUCGCAGCAACUAAUAAUUCAUCAGACGCGGGAGUGGACUGUGGAAGAGGAGUAUGAGAUGCACUCGAUUGAGAAUAGAAUUUGA